AUAGUAUUCCUUUCCCUUGUGAAUCCAAAAAGGGCGAGGAAAUCCUCCACCCUGCUCCUCUCCUUCCUCCUCUCGCCGCGAGACCCAAAUCUUGGAAACUCAUCCUUCAUCAACGCUAUCCUCUCUCUCUUGGUCGCUCGCUCGCCAGAUUGGUCGACGAUACUCUUCCUCUAGGGUUUCAUCUCUGCGCCAAGAUCCGAAUCUCCUCCUCGCUGCCAUGGGCUACGAGAACGAUCCUUACAUGGAUGAAGAUGGGGAGCCUCUGAUGGAUCCCGACAUGCCGUCCGACCGGGAUCCCUCGCCGGAGCCGAUGGAUCCGAUCGACGAUGAGGACGAGGGCGGCGACUGGCGGCGGGAGCGAUCACCGACGCCGGUGCUGGACCCUGCAGCGGAGGGCAAGGCUGGCAAGCCCCGGAAGAGGCUGGUGAAGAAGAAUGCCAAGGAAAGCUCUCCAGACUGGGGAGGGAAUCCGGUGGCGGCAGGUUUGGACGACUGGGAGGAGGAGCCGUCAGCAAAGAAGAGGAAGAAAGCGGCGUCCCUGAAGGAGGGGAAGGGUGGCAGCGGUAGGACGGAUAAGAAGAGGAUCUCUUCUUCGUCCAAGGUGGAGCGGUCGUCAGGGAAGGGGUUCAAGUCGGGAUCGAAGGGUUAUGGAGGAGGUUCGAAGGAUCAAGCUGGUGAUCCAGAGAUGAAGGAGUUGUGGGACACCAUAGCAGGAGGCGAUUCCGAGGAUGACCAGGAGGGAGUCAAAACAGUGGAUGAUGAUAACUUCAUUGAUGAUAGUGGUGUUGAUCCUGCUGAUCGCUUUGGCAGUGACAAUGAGGCUGGUUCUGCUGGUGAUUUUCCUCAGGCUGAAGAGGGUGAAGAAGAUGAUGAAAUUAGUAAACUCUUCAAGGCAGGAAAGAAAAAGAAGAAAAAUGAGAAAUCACCCGCUGAACUUGCUAUGAUAGUUGAACAUCUUAUGGCUGAGCUAGAAGUUACAGCUGAAGAAGAUGCUGAACUAAAUAGGCAAAAUAAACCGGCUGUCAACAAAUUGAAGAAGUUGCCAUUGCUUGUAGAUGUUCUUUCUAAGAAGAAGCUUCAGCAAGAAUUCUUAGAUCAUGGAGUGUUAACUCUUCUGAAAAAUUGGCUUGAACCCCUACCUGAUGGAAGUUUGCCCAAUAUGAAUAUUAGAACUGCUAUACUUAAAUUACUUACUGAUUUUCCCAUUGAUUUAGAGCAAUAUGACAGGAGAGAGCAGCUAAAGAAAAGUGGGCUUGGGAAGGUGAUUAUGUUUUUAUCAAAAUCUGAUGAGGAGACCACAUCAAACAGGAAACUUGCUAAGGAAUUGGUUGAUAAAUGGAGUCGACCAAUAUUUAAUAAGAGCACUAGGUUUGAGGAUAUGAGGAGUCUAGAUGAUGAGAGAGUUCCCUACAGAAGACCGUCUUCCCAGAAGCCUGCGAACAAAGCCAUGGGGUUGGAAUCUCGAGAUGACGAUCUUGAUUUGGCUGAAUUUUCACAGGGCCGAAAAUCUGGGCAGGCUGCUUCUAGGCAACAUGCUUCUAGACCAGAAGCAUUGCCAUUAGAUUUUAUUGUGCGUCCCCAAUCUAAAGUAGAUCCAGAAGAAGUUAGAGCACGAGCAAAACAAUCUGUACAAGAUCAGCACCGGCUGAAGAUGAAUAGGAAGUUGCAGCAGUUGAAAGCACCAAAAAAGAGGCAGCUUCAGGCAUCAAAACUCAGUGUUGAGGGCCGUGGCAUGGUCAAGUACUUGUAAUCAGCAAGUACCGGUUAAUUAUGGGCAACAAGACUGCAACCCAUCAGGACUCGAGAUCAAUUAUCAGGUUCUCUUGGAAGGUGGUCGGUUGCAAAAUUUUCUUGAUUUAUUAAAAUGUGGAACGAUUGCUAGGCAGACCGUAAGGUGUGGCACUUUUUAUACUGUUUCAAGAGAGUAUAUUUAGUGAUCAUGUGGAAUGGUUUUAUUCCAGACAAUUCCUCUCCAAUAAGAGCAUGACGGAUCAAGUAUAAUGCACCCCGUUAUUUAAUUGUUUGCUUUCUUGUAUUGGGGGUGCCUAAAAUAAUAAGGAAUUUUGUUGCAGAGGCAGAGAUAAUUUUUGUCUGCUUCGUAUGUGAUGAAUAAUAGUCCUACAAGUUGUUUUCCUUUUUUUCUUUUUGGUAGAAAAAAUAAUCCCACAUGUUGUUGUCUG